AAAGAAGGUAGUACAAUUGAGUCGAGUCGGUUUGUGGGGGCGAGACACGGUAGAGAAAUCGAGAAAGCAAACCCCAAAACCAAGAGGAAGAAAAAAAGUGAGACAGAGAGAGGAGAGAGAAAACCCUCGUCUCUCUUUCCUCUCUUCACAUCCACAGUAGAGAGAGGAAAAAAGAAAGCGUUAGAGAGAGAAAGUGAGAUUAUCUUCUCUGGUGGUAUUGGGGUCAUUGUUCUUUAGAUAUUACAUUUACUGAAUUGUUUACAUCUAUUCUCUCUCUCUCUCUUGUUUCCUGUAUACAAAACUUUUUUUUAGAUCUUCAAACUCCGGCCAUGCGGAGAGUCAGAGCGGCCAAGGUGGCGGCGGUUGAGCAACAGACCAUGGUUGGGGCCGGAGAAGCUAACGGAUCUGGAGGAUCGAAAGAGAUUAGGUUCCGAGGAGUGAGAAAGAGACCAUGGGGAAGAUUUGCAGCAGAGAUCAGAGACCCAUGGAAAAAAGCUAGGGUUUGGUUGGGGACUUUUGACUCGGCGGAGGACGCUGCUCGAGCCUACGACGCAGCUGCUCGUUCGCUUCGAGGUCCCAAGGCCAAGACCAACUUCCCCAUAACCACUCCUUUGAAUCCCUACCCUCAGUUUCAUCAAAACCCUAACGAUCCCUUCGUCGAUCACCGUUUGUUCUCUCAGAAUUACCCUCCAGAGCACCCGAUCGUCGCCCAGAGGCCCACCACUAGCAGUUUGAGUAGUACAGUUGAGUCGUUCAGUGGCCCCAGGCAGACUCAGCCGGUUGUGAUACCGUCCCGGAGAUACCCUCGGUCGCCGCCUUUGCUGCCAGACGAUUGCCACAGCGAUUGUGACUCGUCCUCGUCGGUGGUUGAUGAUGGAGACGGAGAUAUUGCUUCGUCAUCGGUUCGGAAACCCUUGCCUUUCGAUCUAAACUUACCUCCGUCGCUUGAUGUUGACUCUGUGGGCGAUGAUCUUCACUGCACAAAUCUUUGUCUGUGACGGUCGAUCCUAUCAAUCCAAACCAUUUUAUCAAUCUUUUAAUAUUUUUUGUUCUCUUUUUAUGCGGAGAAAAAACCCAAAAAAAAAAAGAGAAAUCAUAGACAGGAUUAAAACCAAGAUGAUAAAGAUCGAACAGUCGGCUGUCUUUUAUGAGUCUGUUUGAAAAGAAUUCCUUUUUAAUGUUAUGGUUAGAGGUUGUGAUAUGAUCUUGCUAUGCCAAUCUGGGGAUUUCAACUAUCUAUGGUCUUUUGGAUUAAUGAGUCUGUUGUUGAAGUCAUGUUAUUCAUUGUAAACGGAAAGAGGAUCGUCUGUCGUUAGGUUUAGAUCCUCUUGAUCUCUGAUCUUCUUACCCAUCAACCCCUGGCUUGUUGUAAAAAAAAUUGGAGAUUAUCUCAUGCAAUGCUACUCAGAAAAUUUAUGACUUCCUGUGUUUGUUAUUCUAUGUUCAAAUGCAGUAUUUUUUUUUUGU